ACAGUGAUUGGGUUGGGUUUUGGCCAAUCACUAAUGGCCUUGGGGUGGCGUGCGGCCAGGUGAGCUGUUACCCGGCGAUUCCUGGUCAACGCGGCCCUAGAUACCCCGAGAGCCCGGCGCUCCCCGGCCCUAGAUACCCCGAGAGCUAUCCCUCCCCCAACCCCCGCAGUUCUCCGAUACUCACCUGGAGCCCCCGGGGGGAGGAAACACUGUUCCCAUUGAAACCCCUGGCGCUGUGAAGGCCGCGGCUCCAAGUCCUAGCAACCGGCUCACAGAGUCCGGUCAUGGCCCAGCCCCCAGCCGUGAGCUUCAGCGAUAUCACCCCGACGACCGGCACCUCGGGGCGGUUAAUGUUGAGGGCAUUGGUCGGUAGAAGCGACGGCAGUUUCUGGAAGGAAGUGAGGGGGCUAUCCCGGCUGGCUGGCCCAGUGUUUUUCUCUCACCUGAUGGUCUUUAAUAUAAGUAUUGUCAGCUCUGCAUUCUGUGGACAUUUAGGAAAAGUAGAGUUGGAUGCUGUUUCACUUGCCACAGCUGUUAUAAAUAUAUCAGGCAUUUCGAUAGGUGUUGGGUUGUCUUCAGCAUGUGACACUCUAAUAUCUCAGACAUUUGGUAGUAAGAACCUGAAGCGAAUUGGAGUGAUUCUACAAAGAGGGAUUCUUAUUCUCCUGCUCACCUGCUUUCCCUGUUGGGCCCUCUUUAUUAACAUUGAACACAUCCUGUUGGCUUUCAAGCAGCCUCCCGAGGUGGCCAAUUUAACACAGCUCUAUGUGAAGAUUUUUAUUCCUGGCCUUCCGGCAACAUUUUUGUACGAGUUAGAGACCAGAUACCUUCAGAAUCAGGGAAUAAUUCUGCCGCAGAUUUUCACUGGUUUAGUGGCUAACAUCUUCAAUGCUGUGGUAAAUUAUAUCCUCCUUUAUGUGCUGACGCUCGGAGUGUCGGGCUCAGCUGCUGCCAAUGUUGCCUCUCAGUAUUGUCAAGUGAUUCUCCUGUUCAUAUACAUCAGAUGGAAAAAGUUAUAUGUUGAGACCUGGAAAGGAUGGUCUAUUGACUGCUUGCAAGAGUGGGGCAGCUUCAUAAAGCUGGCAAUUCCAAGCAUGCUGAUGCUGUGUAUUGAAUGGUGGACUUAUGAAAUUUCAAUUUUCCUUACUGGGUUAAUUAAUGAAGUAGAACUUGGAGCCCAGGCCAUUAUUUAUCAAGUUUUAUCAGCAGCAUACAUGAUCCCCUUAGGGUACAGUGUGGCUGUCAGUGUUCGUGUGGGGAAUGCACUGGGUGCUGGAGACUCUGCACAAGCGAAGGCUUGUGCCAAAGUUGCUCUGCUGUGUGCUGGGUGCUGUGCUCUGCUGAUCUCUCUGGUACUGGCAGCCAUUAAGGAUGUGGUGGGUUAUAUCUUUACCACUGACAAAGAUAUUAUUCGAUUGGUCGCACAACUAGAUCCUUUAAUUGCUACUCACCACUUUUUUGAUGCAAUGACUUGUGUGAGCGCUGGAAUAGUAAUAGGAUCUGGGAAACAGAAACUCGGAGCUAUUGUCAAUCUAGUUGUGUUCUAUGCAGUCGGUUAUCCCAUUGGAGUAUCACUGAUGUUUGCAGCUAAACUUGGCAUCGUUGGUCUGUGGUCUGGGAUGUUUACCGCUGUGGUUGUGCAAGUGAUCUUCUUUCAGAUAGUGAUCUUUAAAAUGAACUGGAAGAAAGCAUCUGAUCAGGCUCGGGUAAAUGCAGGUGUGAAAAAUGACAUGGACUCCACAAGCAGCCCCUCUGGUGGUCAAACUGAAAAUACUUUGACAGAAAAAGAUGAAGUAGAGAGCAGUGCUGAUAUUGAACAACUGAUCCAUGAGUCCACUGCAACACAAGCUGGUGUUACUGUUGAUGUUUUGCCUGUGAAGCAACUGAUUAUACGCCGUGGCCUAGUCUUCCUCCUAGGAACAAUUAUUCUGGCGAUUGGACUGGUGAUACACUUCACUGUCGCAACGGAUACGUGAGCCCCUGUAUACACAACUGAGGUGAAGCAAGGGGCAGUGUUACUUCCUGCAGUGUGAGGAGCAGUAGGUAAGAUAGUUUUGACAGAAAGGAAAGAGAAGUCCGAAGUGCUCGUGGAAUGUUGCCGUACAGACUGGAUGAAGGAUUGUCUCCAAUUUUUUAAAUGUCCGAGUCAAAUCCAGAAGUUGUUUCUUUAACAUUUGUCAAGGUGACUGGUUCCUCUCAUUUCAAAUGUUCCCAUUAAACACUGUGUGCACUCUGAUCUCGUGGUUAUUGGAGAAUACUGAAUAAUACCUGCAGAAAGCCAACAAUUUAUCUUUUAUGAAACUCAUUGAGUGUGAAAUAAAUGUUUUC